AUGCCCCUGUCCCUUCAAAAACAGGUCAGGCCUCCGCCGACCCAACAAGAGUCUGCAUCUAAGGUGCAGAAGACAGCCGACCGGCAAACUACCGGCGGCAAAUCAAUAAGGGUCCCAGACGGGCCUGGAUCUGCGGAUGUGCUUUCUGCCAUCCCAUUGAGGACCGCAACCGGUCCCUCUGAAGGCCGUUCGGGCCGCCAAGAUAAUUCUCCCCGCUGGCCGGACGGGGCACAAUAUGCCCGGGCCAUGCUGAAAGCCGUCCCCAGGGACGAGAAGGAGGCGAUCCCUGGGAUCAACUCCUUUAAUGCCGACCGGGUGCUGGUCGACCUGGCCGACGCUAUGCUGCGCGUAGAGGGGCUCAAACGAGCUUAUACCCGCAAGUCUGAGGAGGUAAGGAGAAGCAAACGGGCUGUUGAUGACGCCCAUAAUGUUGCUGACUACUCUUUGUACAUGCAUGGCUUAGAAUCUAAAUCUAUACGCAUGGAACAGGCGGAGAAGACCAAGGCCCUCCAACAGCAGAUUGAUCAGCUGAAAAACCAAGUUGACCAACUGCAGGCGUCCCUGGAUGAUGCCAAUAAAAAGUUGGAGGAACAGAUAGAGCCCCUCCAACGGCUGAGCAAGGCGGAGACUGAAAAUGGCCGCCUUGCCAAAGAGAAUGACCGACUGCGCAAAGAGGCGGCUGCUGCCAAUGAGAACUUCAAGGCCACCUUGGAGUCAGAGCAGGAGAGGCUCAUUGAAGAGAAUGAGCAUGACUGUGCAAACCGGAUGCAACGGGCGUUUUCCCUUAUCCACCCGGAGGCGGACUUCACCGAGACCUACCAGAAGAAGCUCGAAGAAACAAGGAUUCAGGGGAUUCAGAAGAGUCCCAAUGAGUUGUACUGGGAGACGGUGGGUGGGCGCAAUAAGAAGGGUCGUGUGAAGGGACUUGGCCAAAGUGCAGAGCUCUACUAUGGCAACUGGAUGGGUCGAGCUUCCCGUUCUUCACAGCAAUACGUGUCGUCUGUUGAUAUGCAAGACCAGAUGGAACAUAGGGUGCAAGCUCUCCAAACUCAAAUGGAAGCCGAGAUGCAAAGGCGAAUUGACUCCCGAAUGGCUGAAAUAGAGAGGAGAUACAGGGAGAGUAUGGAUGAGAUGAUGAGUCGUUUCACCAACAACGACGCAUGUUCCACCAUUCAUCCUCAGCAUCGAGACCCAAGGGACGACCCGGGUAGUGGUGAAGCAGGCCAGGGUACCCAGGCGAUUGCGUAG